UGCAGUAAAACAACAAUAGUAAGUCAUAGUCCAAAACGUCAGAUACAAGUUGUGUUCACCGUUUAGUCUACAAUUAAUUCUGACCAUUGCACUUUAUGAUGCAACACAAAAUGUGAAAGAAAAUUGAGUCAACCAUUUAACUUCAUUUAUUCUGAUUGAUAUGAACAACUAGAGUUGGUUUAUUUUCACAUUCAUAAACGACGUGUUUACAAAAAAAAAAAAAACUAACACGAAAUUCAGUAAUUUACAUAACAAUUUCCACUCUACAUAAGCUCAAAGAAGAAAUGUGCUGAAAGUAUUAAACUGCUAUCAAUGAGAGACAAAGUAAGACUGUACAUGGGAUUUUAGUUGAAUCUUCAAUGUGAUUCAUAGGGCACCAAGACUUUUAAAUACUAAGAAAAGGAUUACCAAAUUAAUUUGCUCAGACUAUCAAUUUGUUCCAAUUGCAAGAAAAAGAGAACUUUCAAAAUGAAUUCCCUGAGUUUGAGGUUUAUAUUGAGGUUUCUCUAUGCCAACUGUUUUACAUUCAUUGCCUUGGGUUGCACGAAAGAAUUUCUAGACAACUUGAAGCCUGGAGUUUAUGUGAUGCGAGGUCCACAUUGGAAAUGGGGUAAUCAGGAUGGUGGUAUUGGCAGCUUAGGAACAAUAAUUGAUCACAGAACCUUGAAUGGAUGGGUCUCAGUGAAAUGGGACUCUGGACACACAAAUCUUUAUCGAGUCGGUUUCCAGAAUAGUUGUGAUUUGGUUAUUGUUGAUCACAAUUAUACUCAAUGUAUUGUCCAACCACAAAAUAAUACAUUCAACACAGCAUUUAUUUUCCCAAGUGACAAAACGUUCCUAAAUUCAAAAAUAUUCAAUUACUGUCAAAGAAAAAUCGUAAGUUCAAGGAGCGAUAGAAUUAUUUCCUUCACACUCUUGUGGUACAAUGAAAAUUCAUGCAAUAUAACAGUUUAUGAGGGGUCAAGCAACAAGGGUGAAAAUUAUGGAAAUGCUUGUCAGAAUAAAAUCAGUACCUACCACUCCAGAAAUAAUAGCCUUUUUGUUGAAUUCUUUUUAAAAAAGGAAACUGAUAAGGCAGGAUUUAUAGGCAGCAUCCAAAGUGAAGAACCAGAAUGUAAAGAACCCUAUAACAAAUUUAUAAAUGGAGGAGAAAGUGGAUAUAUACAACCACCAUAUAAUAACAUUAUAUUAAUAACUCCACUAAAAUGCCAAUGGGCCCUAACAACUAACAGUAGUCACGUUUUUCAAAUAAAUUUGGUUAAGUUUGAAGAGUUGAGUUACCUUGAUAUCUAUGAUGGAAACACUCUAAUUGAGCAUUUGAAUCAAAAAAUCCAUCAGUAUACAACAAAGACCUCCAUGCUAGGUUUAUUCUACAACAAACCAAAUAUAUUCAGUUCUGGUUUCAUUCUCACUUACAAAGCUAUUCCUAAAGCAAAGGAAACCUGUCCAGAAAAUAAAGUAUACAAAUAUCCUGGAAUUAAGGAUCAGUUUAUGAUAUCAACAGCUAGUGGAACUGAUUACAACUUACCAGAUUAUUGCCACUUCACACUUCACACAGAUGAAUCUUCCUACAUUGAAUUAAAUUUACAGCAACUUGAUAUUAACAACUCAUGUCUGCCAAGUUAUCUUGACAUGUCGAUAAAUAAUUUAUCUUUUCCAUCUGAAACUGGUUAUUCUAAUCAUCAAGUCUCCAUGCAAGCAAAAAGUAUACACAUUCAAUACCUAAAGAAAACUCAAUGUAAAUUCCUCAUACUUCUUUAUGUUAAAUCUGUAACAGUUCCUUCCUGCUUCCUCAGCCCCACUAUUGAUGUCGUCAGUGGACCAAAAAGAUUCCUGAAUGUUCCACAAACUGCACUAUUUGACCCUGAUGUGAAAGAAUGUAAAUGGACAUUCAGAAUUAAACCAAACCAUAUUUUACUGCUUGAGAUUACAACAAACACAAGUGCAAUGUCAGCUUACUCCUCUUUCUCAUACUAUGAUGGAAAAUCAUGGCAACUAUUACUGAAUAGUAAAAUGAGCACAUCCCAGACCACAUUUCAAUUGAAGUAUAAAAUAAAACCAAGAUAUAAAAUUUGGCAUGUUUUUGGAAAGAUGAUUAUUAUUUAUAAUUCUGUUGUCUUAGACGAAACACCUUCAACCACACUAACAGAGCAGUUAUCAAGAAUAACUUCAACAAGUAUAUGGAGAAAGGAAAAGCUACAUUCAAACAUAAGUAUGAUAUCAAACUGUACAGAUAGAAUAAUUACUGAAACAACUAUACCAUACUGGAUUUACAUUACUUUGGUGUUGCUGAUUCUGAUUUACAUUGUGAUGGGAUGUUUAUGUUGGAUUCACUACAAAAGAAAUAUUUACAUUAAUACUGAAAGCUUCAUAUGUAAUAAAAACCUCCUCAAACAUGAAAACAUUGAAAUUUGAUGAAAACUCUUUUUUUUUUUCUUUCAAUGGAGAGGGGGUACAUGUUUAAAGUUUCUUCCCAUAUAAAUACAAAAGAAUAAAAUGGAUCUACACUAUCACACAAACUGCUACAAAUAACAACCAAAUUUCAUUCAGAUUACACACUUCACUUUUAAGUGCAUAUUAUAUGUCUUUAGCAAGGAAAUUACAUUAGUUGCUGUCAUGCUACUGUAGGGCAUUGCCUGUGAACUCAUAAGAGAUGAACUGUAGAUGAGACCUUUACUGCAGACUAGUUAUCAAACUAGAUGGCAGAAAAGGGACUUCUGGUAAGGUAACAAAUGAAACCCAAACUUGAACGGUGGAUUGUAUUCCUCUCACAUUGUAGAUGAUUAACACAGAAUAAACAACAAUUCAGCACAUUCUCAUUUGUGGUUAUUUUUACAUAUAGCUUAACUAAAGCUAUAAGUGGUGAUCCCAAAAUAGAAGAAGACACAUGAACAUGUAAUCAUAGCAAGUGAGAAUGCUGUUGUGCUUAAGCUCACACAAUUCAGGCCAAAAUGAACCAAAGUAUGUUUUGCACAAGCUGAGGCACAGUUCAACAUCACCUUGUACCUGAUAAAAUAUUCUUGUAUAACAGCUGCCUUGAAUGAGGAUACAGCAACAAGGGUGCUAUACAUCCUAAUCAGACCACCAAUUACUCACAAAUAUGAGACUAUAAAAAAUAGACUCAUAGAAACAUUCCAGUUUAGUGAUUGAGAAUUGGAUAUGGCUGGGUUAAGUGAUUCUAAGCCUUCCUAAUAGAAAGGAUGCUGGCAUUAGUGCCCCCUGGUGAGUCCCCUUGUUUUUUACUUAGGGAAAUACUCCUCUGUAAAUUGCCACCCCAGGUCCAAUCCCUUAUAACUCAGCCUGAGAUCAAGGACCUGUGAUAGUUAGUGAGAGCAGCUGGCAAACGUUUUUUGUCUAGUGGAGUUAUAAUCAACACGAUAAGGUUAGCCCUGAGACAUGGUGAGGUUACACGAGACAAUUUGUGGUUUUAUCACAAAAAGUCUGGAACAAGAGCUACCAAGUGUAAACAACUACGCAGCUUCAAGAGCUCUUUGUCAUUGAAUGCAGGAAACUCCAGGGCUGGCCACUAUUAAAACACUCUGGUGGUCAGCAGACAUGAUCAACUGUUCCUGUAUAUCCACUAUCAGAUCUCUGUUCAAAGAUUCCUAAUUGACACAGGAGUAGAAGUCAGUAUUAUUCCAGCAUCUGCAAAGGACCUCCAUUAUGGAGAGCAAGGUCAACCUUUAGCAGCCACCAAUGGUUCCACAAUCAAAGUGUAUAGAUGCUGCUUUCCCUCCUUUCAUAUCAGCUCACAAAUAUAUACAUAGGCAUUCACUGUCACUGAUGUCCAUCACUCUAUUAUCGGAGCAGACUUUCAUCAGGUCCACUCACUGCUGAUCAAUCUUCAAGGGAGAUGACUCAUCAACAGCAACGCCUAUGCCUCUGUUUCACUGACAACAUCUGCACAUGCUGCCCCUCACAAAGCAGCCAUCUUUCAGACCAAUAACGAGUUCUUACCCCUCCUUGUGAACUGCCCAAAUCUCACUACUCUGACAUUCUCCAAACCUACAACUCACCAUGGAGUAAAACACUAGAUCCCAACUACCAACCCUCCAGUACAUAGUUACACACAUCCUCUACCACCAGACAAACUUGCUAUUGUGAGGGCCAAGUUCAACAACAUGGAUGCUUUGGGUAUUGUUCAUUGAUCAAGCAGUACGUGAUCAUCACCUCUACAUGUGACACCAAAACUCAAUGGAAGUUGGUGGACCUUGUGGAGAUUAUCGCCAUCUCAAAACAAACACUACACCCAACCACUACCCCAUUCCACAUAUGCAAGACUUCUGAGCCCAGUUAACCAGGUACUCAAUUUUCUUCAAAAUCAACCUUAUCCAAAUACCUGUACCACCAAACACCUGUAUGAGAUGGUGCUGUUCCUAAACUGAAUUUCUGCAUAGAUUCUUAGGCCUAAAAAAUAUAGCCCAAUCCUUUCAAUGCUUGAUGGAUACUGUGUGUGUCGAUCUAGACUUUGUUUUCGUAUACCUAGAAGACAUCCUUAUUGCAAGCCAAAAUGCAGAGCUACACAAGUGAUCCUUUUUAAUAGACUGAAACAAUAUAGUUUGGUAGUCAACCCUGCCAAGUGUGUCUUUGGUAAGGAAAUAAACUUUCUUGGACAUCAAAUCACAGGUGCUAGCACUACAUCCCUACCAGAAAAAUUGAAAGCUAUCUUAUCAUUUCCACACCUCACCACAAGCAUGACUCUGUACCAAUUUGUGGAUAUGGUAAACUUUUAUCAACAUUUCAUCCCUUCUAUGGCAAGAUUGAUGAGACCUCUGUACAAUGCAUUAUCAAGAGAAAGUUUUUAAAAAUAGGUGAAAUCCACGAAAGAAGCUCUUGCUAAAGCAACCAUGAUUUCCCAUCCUCAUAUGUCAGCAUUGACUGCAUUCACAGCCGCUGGAAGUAUUUUGGAACAAUACAUCAAUGGUCAGUGGUGACCUCUGGGCCUUCUUCAGUCAACAAAUAUGACCACCUGAACAGAAAUGUAGCAUUUUCAACAGGGAACUGUUAACCACCCAUCUAUGUGUCCACCACUUUCACUACUUUCUGGAAGGUGUUCACAAACCACUAACCACUAACCUUUGCUAUGAGCAAGCUAUCAGAGCUAUGGUCAGUACACCAGCAGUGACAGUUAUCAGCCAGUUCUGAGUACACUACAAACAUUCAGCACCUAUUUGGAAAAAGCAACUUAGUCACUGAUGCACUCUCUUGAGCACCUACCUACUCUGAUGCCUAAAAGGCUAUGGCCACAGCUCCACAAAGAGAUGAUGACAUCAGAGCCUACUGCACCACCAUCACUUCUUUCCUGACUUUGGCUCCAACAGAACAACCAUACUUUCUACCAGGAAGCCACAACCAAUUGUCCCUGGUGCUAAAAAGAUUUUCCCACCUGGAUACCUGAGCCACACAGCACCUGAUGUCAUGCAAAUUCAUCUGGCACGAGAUGAUCAAGCAAACUAGGGAGUGGGCCAAAACUUGUAUACCCUGCCAAAAAGCCAAAAUCCAUCAUCAUACCUAAGCACCUCUUGGUAGCUACGAACCCCCACAGGCCUGUUUCAGUCAUGUCAACAUUGACCUCAUUGGAUCCCGACCACCUUCACUUGGUUGCUCAUAUCUACUAACAAUAGUGGACCACUUCACACAUUGGCCUAAGACCUCUCUGCAUCAUAGAAACACCGGAAAUCACCUGCAUCUUCAUCACAAAUGGGUUGCUCAUUUCAGUGUCUUAGAUAGCAUCUCAUCUGACUGCAAACCUCAGUUCACUCUAGAGUUGUGGAAUGAUGUGUGAAGCACACAACAGUCUGCCACCCCAAUGUAGAGAGAUUUCACUGCUGCUUGAAGGAAUCCCUUACAACCAGAGUUAACUGGCUCAACUGCAUCAACCAACUUUCAUGGGUAAUGCUGGGAAUUUGCACUGCCCUAGAGGAAGACCUCAACACUUCUUCCACAGAAAUUGUGUAUGGUAUCUCUACAGUGCUGGGGGAAUUCAUUCCAAUCACUAAAUCAGAUCCAAAUAUCAAAGGUAUCUUGAGCAACUGAGAGACAACAUGAACCAGUAAUACCCUAUUCCCAUGUCAACACAUGAUACACGUAGGUCCUCUGUGCCAUAUGACCUCCACAAAGUGAAGUUUGUUUUUGUUCAUCACAUUGAAUGAUGAAAACCCCUUCAACCACCCUAUGAUGGACCAUAAAAUGGGAUUCAUCCAAUGUUGCCAUCAACAGACUGAAACCAGCCCAACUCAAUAUUCACAGCUCCAUUCAAGUAGCUCAACCACCAAACAAAGGCCAUCCUAGCCAGGUCACACUGACCCCUGACAAUGAACAGUUGCCAAAGAGUCAAGUAAGUAUACACAUGGGCAAGGUGGUAAAAACAACUUACCAGUUCCAAUGACAGCCAACAGUUCUGAUGGGAAGCUAUGUAAAGCAUUGCCUGUGAACUUGUAAGACAUGAACUGUAGAGGAAGACCUUUACUGAAGACUAGUUAUCAAACUAGUCAGCAGAAAAAGAACUUCUAGUUAGUUGGCAAAUGAGACCCAGCCUUGAAUGGCAGAUCACACUCUCUCUCUCACAUUAUAGAUGAUUAACAUAGAAUAAACAACGUUUCAACACUU